AUAUAUGAACAUUUCAGAAUAUGGAGUACCAAGAUAAAAUUGAAUUAAUGGAAGAUAUUUUUAAGUGCAUCGAGGAAGCCGUCGAGAUUGAUUCGGAUGAUAGCGAAAGGGAGGACAUAUGUAAAGGACUAAUCGAUAUGUGUGAAAAAGUGGCAAAGAUGCCUAUAAGGAAAAAAAAUCGUGAAUGGACAAAGGUGUGGAGGGAACCGAAGUCGGAAAAAGGAUCAUUCGCAUUCUUAACAAAAGAGCUGUUGAUAUCGGACAAAGCUAGCUAUAAAAAUUAUUUGCGAAUGACUGAGACCCAAUUUAAUUUCCUGCUUUCAUUCAUUAAGGAAGAUUUAAGAAAGCAAGAUACCAUAAUGCGGUCCGCUAUUUCUUCAGCUGAAAAACUGUCUUUGACACUGCGGUUUCUUGCUACAGGUAAACUUCAAUACAAACUUAUAUAUGCAAUGAAAUAUGUAAAAAAUUUGUAUCAUUAA